AUGAAAGAAAAUAGAACUCUUAGAUAAAGCAUGACUUCACGAGUGAAUGAGUUUCACAUGUACGGUACGUUCCUAUUUUGUCAUUGUUUUAACAUUCUUGCCUCUUUCCAGGCAAUUUCCAUAAGUUAUAUGGAAACAGGGAACCAAACAGCUGUUUCAAAAUUCAUCCUUCUGGGACUUUCGGAAGAUGUUAACCUGCAGCCCCUCCUCUUUGGGCUGUUCCUGUACAUGUACCUAGUGUGUGUUAUAGGGAACCUGCUCAUCAUCCUGGCCAUCAUCUCAGACUCCCACCUCCACACCCCCAUGUACUUCUUCCUCUCCAACCUGUCCUUCACGGACAUCUGUUUCACCUCCACCACAGUCCUCAAGAUGUUAGCGAACAUCCAGACUCAGAGCAAAGCCAUCACGUAUGAAGGCUGCCUUACUCAGAUGUAUUUUUUCAUGAUCUUUGCAGGACUAGAUAAUCUGUUACUGACAGUGAUGGCCUAUGACCGGUUCGUGGCCAUCUGUCAUCCCCUACGCUACACAGUCAUCAUGAACCCUCGCCUUUGUGGUCUCCUGCUUCUGCUUUCUUGGUUAAUCUGCUUGACAUAUUCUUUGUUGCAAAGUUUGAUGGUUUUGAGGGUGUCCUUCUGCAAAGAGACAGAAAUCCCUCACUUUUUCUGUGAGCUUGCUCAGAUUCUCAAACUUGCUUGCUCUGACACCCCUGUCAAUGACAUCUUGCUGUAUUUUGUAACUGGCCUGCUGGGUGUUAUUCCCUUGACUGGGAUCCUUCUUUCUUAUUCUAGAAUUAUCUCCUCCAUAACAGGCAUUUCAUCUACUAGGGGGAAGUAUAAAGCCUUUUCCACCUGUGGGUCUCACCUCUCAGUUGUCUCCUUGUUCUAUGGUGCAGCUUUUGGGGUGUACAUCAGUUCUGCAGUUACUGACUCUUCCAGGAAGACUGCAGUGGCUUCACUGAUGUACACGGUGGUCACUCCCAUGAUGAACCCCUUCAUCUACAGCCUGAGGAACAGAGACAUGAAGGGAGCUUUGAGGAGACUCAUUGGGAGGGUACCCUCUUCUCUGUGAUUAUAUCAUCAGUUUUGGGAUGAGUUUCACUAGAAUAAAUCAAAGUUAAAGGAAACUAAUGAGCUAAAGUGCCUGACCCAUCCAUCACAAUUUCUACUUAAAUGAAUAGAUAACACAAUGGCUAAGUGCAU